UUCCAAAACUGCAUACAUCCCCAACAGAUUCUUUUAGACCUGUAGAUUAUGAGGUGGAUCAAAUGUGUUGAUCCAGCACGUCACAGAUUCUUACUUGAAUUAAGAUUCGGAGAACUUUAAAGAGAGGACAAAAUAUUUACCUCUUCAUCUUCAAACCUAUAGCUAAACAGCAACUUGCCCAAGGGCACCUCAGUUGUGGGUACUGCAACUGGAAGGGAGUGAUGUUACAAGUCCAGCUCAUUAAAAAUUAGACCCCCUGCCAUUUUAUGAUGUCCAAUGGCUCAUCAUUAGCACUCUUAUGAUUACAAUGUUUAGCUAUGGAGAAAAAUGCAGUGAGAUUUAUCUCAUAACAUUAUUUUUUUUUUCACUUGUAGCACAGUAUACAAUAUGUUGGCUCAAACCGAACAGGAUGGCCUUUGAUGCCAUUGUGCUUAAGAAAUUUUUGGGCACUUGUUUUGACAGGUACGAUGACCCAGUCACUUUGCCUUAACAAUUUGACCCUGUCAACAUGUACAUUACAUGAGAACUGAUCAACUUUGAUUCACUUCAUUAUCACCAGUCAUAUGACUGUACUUGCACUCUCAAAAGAAUACAUAGGAAAUAUUUGAAAGCACCAGGGGCAUCAAUCUUUUUUUUAUUGUAGAAUUAAUAUUUUACAAUGUAUAUUUAUUUCUAUGAUUUAAUGUGUGCUAUUAUUUAGAAAUAGCACAAAAUACAUGUAGAUUCUAUGGUAAAGUGCACGCAGUAAAUAACCACCUCAGGACAGGAUAUAUUUUGCAAUACAGUGUCAUCAUGAGAAUAUGACUAACAGUUAAAUGGGGAAAAGAUUUCAAAUGAAGACUGUAACAGAAUUUGACGUCAGUCUAAAAUUUGUCUUGCAGUGCACUUAUUCAUCUAGAAUAAUGCGGGGUUUUCUUCUGUUUGUGUUUUAUCUCAUGUACCAUCAGGCAGCGGUGACUCAAGCCCAGCAUCCUCACCAUCAAGUGGUGAAGCUCUACAUGAGCACCCUUUGCAAGCCUCGUGAAACACUGGUUAAAGUUGAAGACGAGUUCUCUGAGGUGAUGCUGGGUCAUGUUGUGCCCUCGUGUGUCCCUUUACAGCGCUGUGGGGGAUGCUGUUCAGAUGAGGCUAUGGUGUGUGUGAAUGUGGCCAAACACACCACCAUAAUUCAGUUACAGCAGUAUGCCACAGAUUCGGAGGGGAAUAUGGCCGAGAGCAUUAUCGAGCUGCCGUUUGUUGAACACAGCCAGUGUCAGUGCAGGUUCAGAGACUAGUUCUGAUGAAACAGCUUAUCUACAUGCAAGUUUUUCAGUGUUAUUUAAGGAAUUAUUUAAUAUUUGUAUUAUGACUGUAUAAUUGACAGCAUUAUUGAGACCCCAGAUUAAUAAAUGGAAUAAGCCGAAAAGAUAAUGAAUGAAUGAAUAUUGAGAUUAUGUGUAAACACGGUUUUCUUUGUUUUGUUCUCAUCGGAAGGGUUAUGAUUUUAAAGUGGAUGAUUUUAUGAAAUGUUUUAUCAAUGAUAGUCACAGCUUUUAAGUCCAUGUCCUUUAGUUAAAUUAUUUUUAUGGUAAUACAGUGAACUGUACUGCGUGCAUUUUGGGAAUUAAGGCAAAAGUUGUUUUAUUUGUUAGAAGCUACACACAGUUGAUCACCACAUUUCUCUCAGUCACAAGUUUCAAAGCUAUUAAGAAGAAAACUCUGUUCAGUUAUUAUUAAAUAUGUUCUGCUAACACAAUGAGGAAGGCCAACACAGGUCAAAGACACAACAUCACAUUUUGGUGAUUGCACAAAGUUACAUUUACAUUAAGUGAUUUUAUAUACACUACUUGACAAAAGUCUUGUUGCCUAUCAAAGUU